GUUAAGAAUGGCUUCAAACGAUGAUCUUGAAUUUCCUUUCGAAGCCAAUCCCCUCUUGUUCUUGGAUUCACCAGAAACUUUUAAUGCUGCCACGGAGUGUCAGGAAAGUCCUUCGUUGUUGGCUUCUCAAAAUGAGCACAGUGCGAUUGUUCCAUUUGUCCCUGUCUCUGCUGCCACAAACGAUGUAUACCCACCAUCAUUGAUAGAAAAUCCAGACACUGAUCAAGAGGACGAUUAUUCUAGAUCUAUCAACGCAUUACAGUUAUCUCCUAACGUGCAAUCAUAUACACUCGGCAAUGGCCAAAGAGAAAGUGUAUUCAGUGAAAACUGUUUGCUAACCUCGACCAAUAAUGCGAUGAUGAGCACUGGACAACAGUCAGUUGGUUUGCAACAUGGAUAUGUAAACCAAAGCUAUCAACAACCUUUGAUGUCGCAAACAAAUCAUAACCUCUUCAACGAUCCAUAUGUUUCACCAACGAUGGGGAGUAAUUUACAACAAGUGGAGAGAACUAAUGGACUAACCAAUUUCAAUCCUAUAUAUGGCCUUCGAGAUCACCGCCUUCCUCAUUUUGGAUACAGUAUUCAGGAAGGAAGACAUAAUCUCGACUUAUUAGUUGAACAACUCAAGCAUAUUCGUGGAAAUGAUCAGAUGCAACAACCUGAAACGUCCAACAGGCAUAUUCCACCAUAUGUGGAGGCUUUGCAAAGCAAUCAACACCUGCAGAUUCCUUAUGCCUUGUCUGCAAGUACUAUACCAAAUCCAGAGUAUCGUACUCCCAUGAUUUCAAACACCCAAGUCCUACAAACGACAGAGAACUGUUCACCCUUUGCACAGACGUCUUAUCAAUCUGAUCCAUUUGCUUUUAAUUUCCAAAAUUUAAGCUCAGUUAAAACUACUCGUCGAGCCCGUGGAAGGCCGAGGAAAAAUCAAAUUCCGGUGCCUUUGGUACCUACAAGUCAAACGCUUUUAACCUCUCCCAGACAUUAUGGCACACAAGAUAAGGGAAAACAACCUAUUACAGCAAGGCCGCCUCUUAACCCAAGUCUCUACGCUCAAUGUCAAAAUUCAUACACAAACACAAUGAUCCAGCAAAGUGGAGUUACGAGGCAACGUAGUAUUUAUGAUCAAUUUGAAAAUGAAUGCUCAACGUUUAAAACAAGGAGGAUCAUGGUCCCGUGUCAAGAGAAAUCUAUAGCAGAUUCAUCAACUGCUUCCUUUUGGCAAGAAGGAAAUUUGCGUUCAUCAAGUGCUGCAGCCAGUAACCAUGAAGAGAGGCCCAUAAAAAAUACGAUGUAUGAUCCAUUGUACGCAGAUGUUGGAUUACCCAUAGAUCCUCAUUUGAGGCUCUUUUAG